UUUGCAGGAGUGGGCGGGUGGAGGGUUCGGUGCUCUUUCCGUUGUGCCUGGCUCGCGUUCAGCGAGUGUACCCUGGCCUGAGCAGCUCCGGCUGGGAGUGGGAGCGGAGCGGAGGCUGAGAGAUGGCGUCCCAGCCGCCGCCUCCCCCGAAACCUUGGGAGACCCGCCGAAUUCCGGGGGCCGGGCCAGGACCAGGACCUGGCCCCACUUUCCAAUCUCCUGACUUGGGCCCUACUUUAUUGACAAGAGCUGGACAACCCACACUUACCAGAGUGCCCCCACCUAUUCUUCCAAGGCCAUCACAGCAGACAGGAAGCAGUACUUUGAACACUUUCAGACCUGCUUAUAGUUCAUUUUCUUCUGGAUAUGGCACCUAUGGAAAUUCAUUUUAUGGAAACUAUAGCCCUUAUAGUUAUGGAUAUAAUAAUUUGGGCUAUAAUCGCUUCCGUGUAGAUGAUCUUCCACCUAGUAGAUUUGUUCAGCAAGCUGAAGAAAGCAGCAGAGGUGCAUUUCAGUCCAUUGAAAGUAUUGUACAUGCGUUUGCCUCUGUCAGUAUGAUGAUGGAUGCUACCUUUUCAGCUGUCUAUAACAGUUUCAGGGCUGUAUUGGAUGUAGCAAAUCACUUUUCCCGACUAAAAAUACACUUCACAAAGGUUUUUUCAGCUUUUGCAUUAGUAAGGACUAUAAGAUAUCUUUAUAGACGGUUACAACGGAUGAUGGGUUUAAGAAGAGGCUCUGAGAAUGAGGACCUGUGGGCAGAAAGUGAAGGAACUGUGGCUUGCCUUGGUGCUGAGGACCAAGCAGUUAACUCAGCCAAAUCUUGGCCAAUAUUCUUGUUCUUUGCUGUUAUCCUUGGUGGUCCUUAUCUCAUCUGGAAACUGCUGUCUACCUACAGUGAUGAAGUAACAGAAAACACCAACUGGGCAAGUGGUGAGGAUGACCAUGUAGUUGCUAGAGCAGAAUAUGAUUUUGCUGCAAUGUCUGAAGAAGAAAUUUCAUUCCGUGCUGGUGAUAUGCUAAAUUUAGCUCUCAAAGAACAACAACCCAAAGUUCGUGGUUGGCUUCUGGCUAGUGUUGAUGGUCAAACAACAGGACUUAUACCUGCAAAUUAUGUUAAGAUUCUUGGUAAAAGAAGAGGUAGAAAAACAGUGGAAGCAAGUAAAAUUUCCAAGCAGCAACAGUCUUUUACCAGCCCAACACUAACUAAAGGAGCCACGGCUGCUGAAUCUUUGGAUGAACAGGAAGCUGCUUUUGAAUCUGUUUUUGUUGAAACUAAUAAGGUUCUGGGUGUACCUGAUUCUACAGAGAAAAGUGGAGAUAAACAAGAUCUUUGAUAUCUUUCAUGUUUGUGUGCAGUUGAACAGUAUUUUAGAAUACUUUAAAAAUUAUUUCAUACAAAGAAAUUAAUCUACAAUUUAGUAAAAACAUUUGUUAUUGGCUAUUCCAGGUGUUUUGCUGCUAGAAAUUAUUAAAGUUAUACAUUAAUAUGUUGGCCUAGUGACCUGGUCACAUUUUGCAAUGUAUUGGACCAUGAAAACAUUACUUUCACCUAGCUUUUAAGAUUAUGGAGAUUACUAUCAUUUUCAUGGUAUUUAAAUCCCUUGGUAUUGGAAGAGUAAUAUUUAAUAUUGAUGAACUAUAUAGAAUGCAUGGUUUGCUACAGAAGGGAUCGUUAAUGCUUCUUAAAGUUCUGGAUUGACUUAAAACCUUCAGAAAUUGGCUGAUAACAAAAUUUAUGGGAAAAAGCAAAAAGACAACAUUUUUAUAACCUUAAACUGAAUAAUAAAAUUUUUCUGCUCUAUAUGAUGUCCAGUGUUGGGUUUACUUUAGGUAGCAAUAUUUUUCACCCAUGAACAUUUAAUACUAUUAUCUUUUAUGUUAAAGUUUUAUUUUAGGCAGGCUGGGGAUUUAGCUUAGUGGUUUCGCCGCCUGCUACACAAGCACAAGAACCCGAGUUCGAUCCCCAGUACCAAAAAAAAAGUUUUAUUUUAGAACAGUCACUAGAAGCAUUGCAAAGGAGAUGGUUAUAGAAUAAUAGAGUAUAAUUCUUUUUCACUUUACAACAUGGCUGGUUUUCAUCCCGAAUGAAUCAGAAUAUAUGAAAAAUACACUUUUUCUUCCACCCAAGACUCACAUCCUUUGGGUUUGCACUUACUAAUAUGAUCAGUUCUAGCAGUAAUGAUUUUUAAUCUUUUCAUAGAUUUCUCUGCUUCUACCUAAUAUAAUUACUUUUUUAAAUUCAAUAUUCAAGUUGUUCUUUAAACAUCACACAUGUAUCACAUUGUAUUAACAUUUCUUUUAGAUUUAAUUUACUGAGAUUCAAAAUACUGACCUAUGGUACUUGACUUGCUUUGUGCUUAGUAAUAAUUUUAAAUUCAGCUAAGUUUCAGUACACUGAAUACACCCCACAAAAUUGGAAGAUUCAUACACUUUCUGUGGUCAUACUGAAGAUCUCACUAAUAUAGUUUACAAAAAUACAUUUACAGAUAUUAUUGAAAACUGAACUUUUUAUAAAGACUGAUUUAGUUAUUUUUAUCUUUCAUAUAGAUUUAUGUUUAUCAAAUAAGUAAUUGUAGGAGAGUUCAGGCUAAACUGUAUCUGCCCAAAUAUACACUCAGCAUAAAAGAGUAUUACUAAAAUUCUCUUGGGAAGUCCUUUCUGAAAUGGCAAUAUAUCAUUUAAAAUAAGAAUUUUGACCCUAUGCAUAAAAAUAAUUACAGUAAAAUGUAUUUAUCUUAGGCCUAAUUUUCUAACACCCAGGUAUUAACCCUCAAGGUAGUUUCUUGUAUUAUUACUUUCUAUUUGUAUUUUGCAAUUAAAAGUUCUUAAAUCUGUUAAGAUUUUAUGAAAAGUCUGUUCUUGGAACAAAUUUUUGAUAACUUACUGUAUUUGAUCUUGAAACAUCUAAAUUGAAUACUAGAAGUAGAAGGAAAAUGUUGAGUCAGCAGUAUUUAGUUUUAAAAGGUUGAGUAAUUAAGAUAGAAUUUGUGACUGCUAUUAAAGAUGUCUGGGCCCGGGAAUUUAGCUCAGUGGUGCCAUUAUCUGCCUCACAAGCGCAAGGUCCUGAGUUCGAUCUCCGGUACCAAAAAAAAAAAAAAAAUGUCCAGGCAGAAGAAUAUAGCACAAAAUGAAAAAAACAAUUCCACUGAAGUGUUUAUUAUUUGGUUAAGUACACUAAAUUACAAUAUACACUAACUAAUAACUAUUUGUGGCUGAAAAUUCUCUAUUAAAAUUCUAGAAAAAUCAAUUUAGGACUAGAAUAAACAGACAAAUUCUAUAGCUUUUUUUAUCAUGACAGUUUUAAUUUUUUAAGAUGAAAUUAGAAAGGUCAAUGAUCCAAUAUUGUUAUUUUUAGUAACUUAUUUAAGGAGUGCUACUUUACAGAAAUUACUAAUUGAAACCAAGCAUUUUCAAUUAAAUAAAAUAAAUCACAGGUUGCAGUAAGAAAACAAUUUAAUUGUUAUUUAACUUUAAUUUUUCUGAUUGUAUUUUAUCAGUUUAGAAAAGGUACAAGGACUAUAAAUUUUCACGUUUUAACGUCUUAUUUAGGUACUUGAUUUAGUCUGUCAAUAUAUCAUAAUUAUACAUUUACUUACAUACAAUUGUCCUUUAUUUUAUGCUUGCGUUAAUAGAAAAAACAAAUUGAAUGCAGUUGAAUUUUAUUUUUAAUAGAUUGUGAAGUUGCUUUUACUGGAGAAAUAAAAAUGUUAAACUUGAUUGACCUUUUAAAGAUAAAAUGUUGAACUCUUGCAGGAUUGGAAUUAA